CUCGGAUACAAUGUCUUCGUUACGCCAACACGCCUUGGUUCAGUAUGCCAUCCUGGUGGCCGCUUCACUGCUCUCGUAUGGUGGUGCACUGUACGGCACGUUUGUGUUCGACGAUUCGGCAGCAAUCGUGAAAAAUAUGGACGUACGUAAUGUGGCCACACCGUUACACGAUCUGCUUCGGCACGAUUUUUGGGGCAACAACCUAUCCGAUCCGACGAGCCACAAAUCCUUCCGUCCGCUAACCGUACUAAGCUAUCAGCUGGAAAACCGUUUGCUAGGCCUGAAUGCGGGACACAUGAAGAAGGUUAAUCUUGCGCUGCAUACGAUCGUGUGUUUGCUGGUGCUGCGGCUGUAUCAAACGGUGUGGCGUGAGACAGGCUCAUUUCGUACCGCGUUUUGGGCUGCCUUUGUCUUUACCGUGCAUCCGGUACAUACUGAGGCGGUUGUUGGGAUUGUUGGUCGUGCCGAUUUAUUGGCAGCAGUCGGGUAUAUUACAAUCCUGUUGCUAUACCAACGCUGGUUGCUAAGCGAACGUCGUCGGUAUGGGGUCAUCGUUUUUGCGACUCUUUUUAUCCUAACCGUCGCAUCAAUGUUGUUUAAGGAAACGGGCAUAACGGCACUGGCGGCUUGUGGUGCAAUCGAUUUGCUAAAGAGAGUCAAUUGGCGUCAUAUCCGGUUGUCUGAUGUGUUCCAAACACAUCGAGCGUGUUUGGUGCGAGUAUUUACACUAGCAAUCCUAUCACUAAUUUUACUAAUAUUACGCCUUUGGAUUAUGAACUUUGAAAGUCCUAAGUUCCAUCGUAUGGAUAAUCCCGUAGGAGCGACCAACAGCACCACCACCCGGAUUCUAUCCCAAAGCUAUCUUUACUGGUUAAAUGCUUACCUGCUAAUAUGUCCCGACUGGUUAAGCUUUGAUUGGGCACUUGGGUCCGUUCCUUUGGUCGAGAGCAUAUUCGAUGGCCGGCUAGUUCUGAUCGUUCUUUUUUACGGAACGGUAGCUACUCUGGCAUUAAGAUCUUGCGAAUCUAAAUCCAAAGAAAUCGCUAUAUCCCUAACACUUUCCUUCAUUCCUUUCCUACCUGCCUGUGGCUUCGUACGGGUUGGAUUUGUAAUUGCCGAACGGCUGCUGUACCUUCCCUCGGUUGGGUUUUGCUACCUCCUUGCGGUUGGCUAUCGUCGAUUGAUCAAGCGCUCGGUAGUUUUCUACAUUCCGCUCUGCUUCCUGUGCACCAUGUUCAUUCUCAAAACACAAUCACGUGCCUACGAAUGGACUUCCGAAGAUCUUCUGUUCCGUUCGGCAAUACGUGUCUGUCCAGGGAACGCCAAAGUGUACUACAACAUAGCCCGGCUCGCUACAGAUCAAGGUGAUCGUGACACAGCGUUCACCUACUACCGGCACGCGAUCGAGCUCCAUCCCGAUUACGAAGCGGCACACAUGAAUUUGGGUAAUUUGUACCGCGAAGUACAUGAGCUGGACACGGCCGAACGUCAUCUAAGGAAGGCGAUAGAAAUACACGAACCAUUUCCUUCGGCUUGGAUGAAUCUGGGAAUUGUUCAGGCAGCACGCAAGGACCAUCAAGCCGCACUGGCUAGCUAUCAGCGUGCCCUCGAGCUAAAACCCAACUAUGCAAAUUGUUUGUACAAUUUGGGGAAUUUGUACAUCGAUAAACAAAACUCCUCCAUGGCUCUUCGGUAUUGGCGCGAAGCGAUACAGCAAAAUCCCCGGCAUAGUAAAGCGUGGGCCAACAUACUCGCACUGUACGAUAAUCGGGGCCGUACGGAUGACAUAAUUCGCACAUCGGCACUGGCCCUUACCUAUCUUCCCAACGAUACAGCGAUACUGUUUACGCGGGCCAACGCGUACGGUAAGCUGGGCGAGUAUGAAACGGCCGAAAUGCUGUAUCGGCAGAUAAUUGCCGCUCGGCCCGAUCAUGCGGUAUACCGUGCCAAUCUGGGCGUGCUGUAUCAUCGGUGGGGCCAACGGAACGAGCAGGCGAUCGAGCAGUAUAGGGCGGCGCUCCGGAUAGACCCAAACUUGCGCAGUGCCAAAACGAAUCUUCUCAAACUGAUGGAUUCAUCGUAG